AUGAAAAGUAUUAGUCUUUUAUUUUGUCUACUAGCUGUUAUUCAUACAGCUCAAUCAGUUGAUCCAAGUUGUAGUGGGAAAUAUAAUACAAAUCCAAUAUUACGUGAUGAACCUACUUUUGUAAGUUCUGU